CCCGCGGGCAGGAAGAGCGGCAGUCUGCUAUAUCUGUGAUCUACAAUGAAUGCAAAAUCUGCAAUCAGCAAAGAAAUUUUUGCCCCACAUGAUGAAAGGAUGCUGGGAGCUGUCCAAGUGAAAAGAAGAACAAAAAAAAAGAUUCCUUUCCUAGCUACUGGGGGUCAGGGUGAAUAUUUAACAUACAUCUGCCUGUCAGUGACGAACAAGAAACCAGCUCAAGCUUCUAUUACGAAGGUGAAGCAAUUUGAAGGCUCUACAUCUUUUGUCAGGAGAACGCAGUGGAUGCUCGAGCAGCUUCGCCAGGUCAAUGGUAUAGACCCUAAUCGGGAUUCCCCAGAAUUUGAUCUACUAUUUGAAAAUGCUUUUGACCAAUGGGUAGCAAGCACAGCUUCAGAAAAAUGCACAUUCUUUCAGGUCCUACAUCACACUUGUCAGCGAUACCUUACAGACAAGAAGCCAGAAUUUAUCAACUGCCAGUCUAAAAUUAUGGGAGGAAACAGCAUACUCCAUUCAGCAGCAGACAGUGUGACAAGUGCAGUACAGAAGGCAAGUCAGGCUUUGAAUGAGCGUGGUGAAAGGCUAGGUCGAGCAGAAGAGAAGACAGAGGAGCUGAAAAACAGUGCUCAGCAGUUUGCAGAAACUGCACACAAGCUUGCCAUGAAGCACAAAUGCUGAGAUACUGCCCAAAGUUGAAACCUUCCUGAGAAACUGGAAAGGCUACGUUCAGCAGUUCUUACAGGAGAUCCAGACUUCUGUGUGCUUUUUUCUUCCAGUUCAGUGGAGAUGCAUUCUUUCAGUUUCUGUGCAGGAAAAAGUGUUGCAUUUCUACCUUUUUUGACUUUUGUUCCUCUUUUGUAAUAUUGCUACACAGUCCUGCAGUACUUUCUACCUGUAUUUCAGUUGUUACAGGAGUGAAAGCAAACAGGGGAACUGGACCAAAUGACAAGUUGAUCGGGAUUAAAAUAGUAAUACUCUUUCCCAUUUGUACAGAAAGUUAUUUAACUGGUUAUGGACGUAUGUGUGGAAGUAAAAUCCAAAGAAGGGGUAUACUUUUCUUCAUUUUAUGUAGCAUCAGCAGGAUGUGAAUGUUGGAAUUAAACACCUGGGGUUGUAACUAUUGUGGAGAAUAGGCUGCUUUGUCCUGGGAAACAGAAAAACGUGUUUCUUCUACCCAGUGCAGGAAGUUUUGCAUGUGCCAUCACCAGCAUUCAGAAGUGCAUAUCUGAAUUUCAUAGGGGAAUCUGUUACCAGUGCUGCAUUUUGAGUAUUUCUGUUUUCCCUUCAGGAUUGAUUAUUUGAAUAGUAUAAUGAAACCUACAGAAUGUAUGCUUGAAGUUUC